AAGCUACAGUGCUGCCCCCAUGAUAACAUUUUUAUGGGAUGUUUGAAGGUUGAUCAAUUAUUUAUACAAACUUAUUAUACACAUACAUGUAUGAAUUUUUUAAAUAUAACCGUCUGUUUGUAAUUAUUUUAUUGUUAGUAUCAGUCGCUAUCAGUAUGACUGUCGCACAUUCCAAAAGUUAGGCCUAAGAGGUGUUGCAGUGGUUAGUGUUAACCUUUAUUGAGAAUAGAUAUUGAGGUGACUUAAAAAAGUUUUAUGCUAUAAAAAAGAUAAGUAUGAUUAUUGUGGUGUAACAUGUCGUAUCAAGAUUCACCGUUUUCGACUAUGUAUGGUCAAGAUGAUUAUGAUAUCGAUGAGGACAAUGAUGAGUACUUGGAGGAUGAUCGAGAUGCUGAAGAGCAAGAUGAAAGCGAUGAAGACACAGAAGAGGCUAGUGAGACAGAUCUUGGUAAAUCAGAAGAAUAUACGGAGAUAAAGGAGCAAGUCUAUCAGGACAAAUUAGCCAGUUUGAAGAAACAAUUGCAACAGUUAAAGGAUGGUACUCACCCCGAAUAUAAUCGCAAACUGAAACGUUUAGAAGCUCAAUACAAAGAGAGAUUACGGCUGAAUAUAAUUUAUCGUGAUUAUUUGACAGAAUGGGUAGAAAGAGAUUACAUAUUGGAGAAGAAAACUGCCGUUAAAGAAUUUGAAGAGAAGAAAAUAGAUUUGAAAGAAAACUUGUUAACCAGCAUGGAAGAGAAGAGGAAGAUGAUAGAAUCCGACAGGCACACAUUGGAACUUACUGGUGAUUCGAUGGAGGUAAAGCCUGUAAUGACAAGAAAAUUACGGAGGCGUCCAAAUGAUCCUGUACCCGAGAAAAUAGAGAAACGAAGGAAGCCACCACCGGCACAGUUAAAUUAUCUGUUAGAUGAAAAAGAAAUAGAAAGUGACUUGAAAGCUAUCAGCCGCGGUAAAGUACUGACUGCUGUUCGAAAACCAGCAGUGCUACCGCAUUAUAACACUGUAAAUAUGCCCUCUCAACAUAUUCCUCCUACCUCCGAUACGGCUAUGAUAGAAACCAGGAUAGAGGAUGGCAAAUUAUUGCACGAAAGACGAUGGUUUCAUCGUGGACAACCGGUGUACGUAGAAGGAAAGGACUUAACUCGAUUUGCCGCAAAUAUUUCGGCAAUCGGAACCGAGGCUAUCUGGGUGAAAAAAGUAUCGGACGGAAGUAAAGUACGAAUAUACAUAUCCCAGCUGAGCAGAGGGAAAAUUUCCAUCAAAAGAAGAGCUUCCUAAUAAUUGUAUACAUCGGUUAAGAUAAUAAGUAUUCCUCAUUAAGAAAAAGUGUUCAGUAAUAUUUAAACUUGUGAUACAUUAGAUUUGUAGUUUAUUGAAGUUAUAUUUUCUGGAUUCAAUAUAAUUGUUACUGUA